AUGGAAGACGAGUUCGGGGAGCUGAAGCAUCUGUCGCUGUUCCAACCAGGCUCCGGCCAGGCCACUCGGCUGAAACACCGCAACAGCGCCCGCCAGCUCCGCGAAAAGGACGCCGAUCUCGUGUACGACGAGGAGGACACCAUCGACUAUAGGCCGCAGGAGCGCGACUUCAAACACGAACAGGUCUUCAAGGGAUGGACCCUGAUCUGGCUGGCCUACCAAUCCACCGGCGUCAUCUACGGUGACCUUGGGACAAGCUCUCUAUAUGUCUUCUCCUCCACCUUUUCCGAGCCGCCGUCCAAGGACGACCUCGUCGGCGCCCUCUCCCUCAUCAUCUGGGCAAUCACCUUGAUCGUCACCGUCAAGUACAUCCUCAUUGUGCUUUCCGCCAACGACGAGGGCGAGGGCGGCACCUUUGCUGUCUACAGCUUGCUUUCGCGCUACUGUAACAUUACGAAACACGAUCCGACGAGGUGGCACACCCAUCGUCUUAGCCGCUUCGAGUCCAAUGAGUUACGGCCCCUCAACCAGAGGGUGCGCGACUUCCUCGAGCACAGCCGGGCCAUGCAUUUUGCCCUCAAGGCACUGUCCGUUUUUGGCGUUAGCUUGAUCCUGGCCGACACCAUUCUUACACCAGCCCAGUCGGUCUUGGGCGCCGUGCAAGGCCUGAGAGUUGUUCGCCCCGACCUCGGAACCGACCUGGUCGUGGGUGUAUCUUGCGGAAUCAUCGUGCUUUUGUUUCUGGCCCAGCCUCUCGGAGUAUCGCGGCUCGCGAAGGCGUUCGCGCCCAUAGUUGUUGUCUGGUUGCUUUUGAAUUUCUGUUUCGGGAUAUAUAACCUUGUCAAAUUUGAUCAUACUGUUCUCAAGGCGUUUUCUCCGACUUUUGCGUUCAGUUUUUUCGUUCGAGACUCAACAGAUGCGUUCCUGUCGUUGGGUGGUAUUUUACUUGCAUUUACUGGUGUUGAGGCUCUUUUCGCUGACCUGGGUGCUUUCUCGCAACGGGCAAUCCAAAUCUCCUGGAUAUGUUUCGCAUACCCAUGCAUCUUGAUGGCAUAUAUCGGCCAGGCCGCUCGCAUUUCUACAAACCCUAGCGCAUAUGACAACCCGUUCUUCGAGUCGGUCCCGCCGGGGAUGUUCUACCCUUCGCUCAUCAUAUCGAUACUGGCUGCAGUCGUGGCCUCUCAGGCAAUGAUCACCAGCGCCUUCCAGCUGCUCUCUCAGGUCAUGAACACCAGCUACUUCCCUCAGAUUCAGAUGAUCUAUACCAGCAACAAGUUCUAUGGACAGGUCUUUAUCCCGAUGGCAAAUUGGCUGUUGAUGAUUGGCACCAUUAUUGUCACAGCAGUCUACAACAACACCACCAAACUUGGCCAUGCUUACGGCUUCUGCGUCGUGCUGGUCACGUUCAUCACUACGAACCUGGUCGCGCUGGUUGCUAUCAUCGUCUGGCGCCUUCCGUGGUUUCUGGUCCUGCCAGUUUGGGCGAUUUUCCUGACUCUUGAUGGCUUGUUUCUUGCAUCCGCAGCCACCAAAUUCGUUGAUGGCGCCUGGUUCACGUUCGUGCUGGCUUGUAUCUUGGCUUCUGUCUUCAUUGUGUGGCGCUAUGGGAAGGAGCAGCAGUGGAGAGCCGAAGACAAGAACCGCCUUGGACUUCGCGAUUUGAUUGUUAGAAGCGACGAUGCGCCGCCGAGGCUGGCAGACAAGUACGGAGGUGGCGAGAUCUACAGGAUCAAAGGCCUUGGCAUAUUUUUCGACAAAGCAGGCGACAAGGUGCCCAUCGUAUAUGAAGAAUUUCUCAAGAAAUUCGAGGCGCAGCAAGAUGUUCACGUAUUCUUGCAUCUCCGCGCCUUGCAUAUCCCUCAUGUCAAGGAAGAAGAGCGUUACGAGAUCGCGGGAACACGUAUGCCAAACUGCUAUCGCAUGAUCAUUCGCCACGGCUAUAAUGACCACCCGAUCAAUGCCGACUUGGGCCAGGUCGUGUACUCUCAGCUCCGCCACGCCAUCGUCAAGGCGUCGCGCCCCAGGAAUAUCCGCAACAAGUCGCCUCCUCCCGAAAGCAAGCACAGCACCAGUGGCUCCUCGACAGUCGGGCCGGAGCCGAUAGAGCAGCCCGCUCCUGAAAAUCCGGACGCCAUCUCGGCCGCGCCUGCAGCCAGCAGCAACACCACGACGGCGGGCCACCGGCCUCAAAGCGCCUCUACCGUCUCUGCGAGAGAGCCAGCCGAGAGCCCGGACAAUUCUGACGACGAUGACCGUAUCUCACUGGCUGCCUCAACGCCUCCGAGCCCGCCAACGCCACCACCCGGCAACCGACGGCGAAGAGGGUCCGUGUCGAAGAACUUGCGGUUUGCAGACCAAGAUCACGCGACGUACGCGAACCUGCCGGAACAGGCGGUGUCGCGGCGGCUGGCGGCGCUGGACAAGGCCUUCGCGACGCAGGUGGUGUACGUGGUCGGGAAGGAGCAGCUGAGGCUGCUUACGUACAAGAAUGGAUCGAUGAAGAGGAUUCUGCUGAGCCUCUUCCUGUGGUUGAGAGAGAAUACGCGGACCAAGGUGAGCAAAAUGAAUAUUCCGGUAGAAAAGCUGGUGGAGGUGGGGUUCGUGCGGGAGAUAUGA